UUUUCAUUAAUUAACAAGAAACGCUGAAGAAUGAAAACAUUGAGGGUUUCCCUAUGCCACGCUUUGUUUACCCUUUUAAUAUGAGUUAAAUUUUGAGAAAUGAGAAACCAUGUCGAGAACUAGUACAACAGUUCUUCUAUUUUGUCUGCAAAUAACUGUGUUAACGCCUGUUUGUGAGGCCAAUUUUUUAUCCAUACAUGAUUCAUUGUUGUUCGUUUCUACACUUGAUGGUACACUGCAUGCUGUCAGUAAAACAACAGGAAAAACACAGUGGACAUUACAAGAAGAACCAGUUAUAAAAGUGCCAGUUGAGGUCACAGCAGGGAAACUUAGUUUCUUACCUGACCCCAAAGAUGGAAGUUUGUAUGCAUUAGGAGAUGGCAUGAACGGGAUAAAGAAAUUACCUUUUACAAUACCACAGCUUGUCUCAGCAUCUCCUUGUAAAAGUAAUGAAGGAAUCUUAUAUACAGGACACAAAAAGGAUGUAUGGAUAGCUGUAGACCCUGUCACAGGAGAAAAGAUUCGUACUUUAUCUAUGGAUGGAACACAGAAAGUCUGUCCAUCUGAUGCUGAAAAUGUCAUAUAUAUUGGAAGAUCAGAGUAUACAAUUACUAUGUUUGACAGUAAAACUGGACAUAAAAGGUGGAAUGCCACAUUUACAGAUUAUUCCACAAAUGUAGCAAACAAGGAUAGUAAAGAUUAUGAUUACAAACAUUUAUCAUCCAGUUCAAAUGGAAUGAGCGUAACCCUUGAUUCCAAAUCUGGUGAAAUUAAGUGGUUAAAUAACUAUAAUUCCCCAGUGGUUGCUAUGUAUUCCUUAUCUCCAGAUGGUCUUCAGAAGAUACCUUUCUAUACCUUUGCUCCAGAGACGUUAGAACAUUUAACAGGGAAACUUACCUCUAGGUUAUGGAAGGAAAAAUUUCUAAAACAUGGAGAUCAGGAAGUAUUCUACCCUACACUUUAUGUUGGAGAAUAUGAACAUGGAUUUUAUGCCUUAGGAUCUCUGGUGGAUGAGACAACUGUAGCAGUUGCACCAAAAAACCAAGGACCAUUACUUCUUGAGGGACCAAAGUUACCUCCAAAGAAGGGAAACAGUCGUGAGGAAACUUCUACAGCUUCCUCUAAACGUAGAGAACACUCUUACAUGAUGUUAGGUCACCAUGAGAUUCCAGAAGAAUCUAGCAACAAAAUGUCACCUGCAUUAGCAAUAACUGACAAGUCCAAUAAUGUUAUCUUUCCCAAUAUUGACCCUGUUCCAGAACCAAUGAAACCUAACAUUACUACAACAGCUGACCAAGGAAUAUAUCAGUAUAUUGAUGUCAAGGUUAUAAGUUCAGCAGCAGUCCUGGUCAUCACUGUUCUUAUGGCAUUCUAUAUGUUUACAAGGAGAACAGAACAGUCUAUAAAGAUAUUACUACAGAAACAAUUAGAAGAACAAAAGUUAAUGAGCCAAGAGCAAAAGUCUGCUCAGACAUCAAUGCAUAAAAGUGGAAGUUCUGCAUCUGAUUUAUAUGAUGCUGUACCAGAUGGACAUGUACAGGUUGGAAAAAUAGUUUAUAAUCCUAAGGCAGUGCUUGGCCAUGGUUGUGAAGGAACGUUUGUUUAUAAAGGAAGAUUUGAGAACAGACCUUGUGCUGUAAAGAGGUUGUUACCAGAAUGUUUUACAUUUGCUGACAGAGAAGUAGAGCUGUUGAGAGAAUCUGACCAACAUGCACAUGUCAUUAGAUAUUUUUGUAUGGAAUCUGAUAGUCAGUUUAGAUACAUAGCCUUAGAGUUAUGUGUAGCUACACUUCAGGAUUAUGUUGAAGGGAAAAGUCAGUACUCCAGAACAUUUGAUUCUCUUCAACUAUUACACCAAGCUGCAUCAGGAAUUGCUCAUCUACAUUCUUUGGGAAUUGUUCAUCGAGAUAUAAAACCACACAAUGUGCUCAUUUCACAGCCUGAUACAGGAGGCAAUGUUAAAGCUCUUAUAUCAGAUUUUGGUUUAUGUAAAAAGUUGACAGCAGGCAGAAUCUCAUUUUCACGAAGGUCAGGUGCAGCAGGAACAGAAGGAUGGAUAGCACCAGAAAUGUUAGAUGAAGAUAAAAGAACAACCUGUGCAGUAGACAUGUUUUCUUUUGGGUGUGUGAUAUAUUAUGUUUUAACAAGGGGAAAGCAUCCAUUUGGUGAUUCACUCAGAAGGCAAUCAAAUAUUUUGGAAGGAGACUACAGUCUACAAAGUCUUCCCAUGACAGAUUUUUAUGUAAGAAGAGAUUUGAUUGACAGACUUUUAUGUUUUGAACCAUCAAAAAGAUUAUGUGCAAAAGCUAUUUUGAAACAUCCCUUGUUUUGGAGUAGAGAAAGACAAAUGGCAUUUUUUCAGGAUGUGAGUGACAGAAUAGAGAAAGAAACUGUGGAUAGUGAAGUUCUUAUUUGUUUAGAAGAAAAAGGUUUGGAAGUUGUCAAGUUUGACUGGAGAAAGCAUAUCAGCGAGGAAUUACAGAAUGAUCUCAGAAAAUUUAGAACAUACAAAGGAGAAAAUAUCAGAGAUUUGUUGAGAGCCAUGAGAAACAAAAAACAUCACUACAGAGAGUUGCCUGAAGAUUUAAAGAGAUCACUUGGUGCUAUUCCUGACCAGUUUGUACAAUAUUUCACCUCCCGUUUCCCUAAGUUGUUAAUACAUACCUAUAAUGCCUUACGUUGUUGUCAAUAUGAACGUGUCUUUCAGCAAUAUUACUAUAUUGAAUAAAGAUUCAUUCUAAUUCUUUAUAAAAUAAUUGUGAAAAGACUUAUUUUAAUAUUGGUAAAAUAUGAAUUGUUAGAUAUCAAAUUAUAAAACACAAAAUUGUGGUUGUAAGACAUCAUUCAAAAAAAGUUUAUAUAAUGCUUAUUUUAAUGUCUCAUGGUUUUCCAAUUUUUAAUCAAUAUAACAAAUACAACUCAUUGAAUUUCAAGUGUUUUCAUUUAUGAUAAUUUUUGUUGUUAUAAGUUUUAAACUUUCAGUUUAAUCAUGGCGAAAUUAAUACUUUUUUCCUAGUAUCCAAAUCUUCUUACUUGAAAGAAAUGCAAUCAUGAAAUAUAGCUUUACAAUGAGGUAAUUACAUCGAUUUAAGAAUGUAUCAGGAAGAUUUUAAUAAAAAAAAAUAUAUCAUUAAUGAAAAAAUGGUAGCUUAAGAAAUUUAAAUCAGAUCAGCUUGGUAAACUAGCUCUGAUAUGUGAUUGAAAUUUUGAAGAGAAUUUUUUAUUCUAUUUUUAGAAACUUUUUACAGCUAAAAUAUUGUCUCUUUAUCACCAUAGAUAAUUUGCUGUUAAGAUAAUUAUUUACUUUUUCUUGUAUAAAAUGUAAAACAUGGAAUUUUUGGUGAAGACUUUAAUACAUAAUGUUAGAAUAAAGACUUUUAUAAAUGACAAUAAAUUAAUUUCCUUUUCAAAACUGUUUUCACUCAUUAUGCAAAAUUUCAUAUUUAUGUUACCCAUAGUCCGCCUAUAGAUUGACUUUACAACUUUUAUUUGAGUUGUUACUUGUAAUAUGUUACCAAAGUGUGUCAUAAGGAUUCAUAUAAUUGCAUAAUGUUUCUUCAAAUACUGUGAUAAUUUGCUCUUAUCAAAAUAUGUAUCUUUUAACUAUAGAAAUCAUGAUAUUAAAAAAUUUGUUAUGCUUGCCUUAUUUUUAAUACAUGUAUCAUAUAUUGACUUUUGCUUAGUUGCUGUGGAUUCAUUAUUAUGUAGGAUAUCAAUUUUUGUUAUUUUUAUAGGCAACGGCAAACCACAAAUUAACUGUUCUACAAACGACAAAUUUUCUAUAUGCUAGUAUGCAAACUUUUGCAAAACCACAAAAGUACAAUUUUCCUCAAUCUAGGAAAGUUCGUAUCUACAAAAAUAAACAAAUCCAUAGUAUUUGCCACUGUUUAUUAAAAUAAUAUAAUUCUUAGUUUUGCCUCCCACAACUCAUGUCUGGAACAAUGUUGACAAUUGCAAGGUGCUUUAUGUCUCAACUCGACUUUACAAUGGAAGACAAUUUUUGUUCUAGAUUGGCUGUUUAUAUUGAGACCUUGUCAGCAAGGAAGUAUCACUUGAACUAAUCAUCAUUUUAUCAUUAAAGUAGUCCAGUUUAGAAUAAGGUCCUGUUUCAUCCUAUCUUUGUAUUACAAAUCAACAACAUUUGUAUUUAAAUUUGUUGAAAGUAGCAUAUGUCAUGUUAUUUUGACCUUAUAUACACCCUGAAGUUGUCAGAUUAAGUAGUUAAGUUGAAGUUUUAACAGAAGUUUCAAUAUGGGUGACAGGUGAGGAAUAUUUUGUAUGUGGAUUUUUUGUUAGUAGUGUAUAAUGGGUAAGAAAGAUACUUUGUACCAGAGGUACUUGAAAUUGAUAUAAUACAGUGUGAUGAGUUUUCACAUCCAUUGCUCAUCAAUUUCCUGUUCAUUGAAUAAUUGUUAUGGUGGUAGCAUCAGUGAUCAAUAACUCAAGGUACAUCUUGGUUGUUUCUGUUUAAUGUUGCCUAAGUAAUCUCUAGAUAUUAUGCGUUAGUUUAAUCAUACAAAUAUAAUCAUGUUUAUAUUGAUUACUUGAACUAGAUAGGCAUUACGACAGAUAUUGUCUUUUCAGUGAAGCUCUCUGCAGAAAGAUUUAAAAGUUCAUUGAACGGCAGCCAAAACCGUAAAUGUUUCUGUAACUAAAGUAACUGGUUUGAGGUGCUCUUAAAUAUCUGUUGUGCAUAGGUUAACAGGCUUUUUUAAUGAUUAGGUUUUUAUAUAUGUAAAAUGUAUAUAAUGUUUUAUGUUACAAAUUUACUACAAAAUGUAAAUUAUGAACUCUGAAAUAAGAUUUUGACGCCGAUGUUUGCGUAUUCUAAUGUAAUUUAUUUGUUAUUUGCUGAAUAGAUUAAUAUAUUAUUAUCAUUAUUAUUUAUUGAAGUUUCUUUAUUUGUUAUGUUAUUAUAUCAACACUGCAUUGGUGUAUUUGCUCCUUAUGCAAUAUUUGCAUGUCUAAUAGAUAAGGUCUGUGUCUAUGAACAAAAUGUGUGAUAUGAAUCCUUUAAAUGCACAUUUUACAUCACAGAACCAUAUCUAGUAAACAAAAUUCUAAAAUUUGGUUGUUUUACAGUUAAACAUAAUAUUUAAAAAUGGCUUAUUAGAAAGUUCUAAGAUUCAUUGAAUGGUGAUGGUUUCUUGCUAUCCUGUAAAUGUACAUCUUGUUUUGGCAUAUUUUGUGUUACCUUUCAUUGUAAUUUAUCAUUAUUUUUGUUUUAUUUCAAUCAUUACUUGAUUCAUAUUAACACUGCCAUUAGAGCCAGUUAUUGUGUCCUGUAUCCCUGUAAACAUUCUCAAAUGUCAUAAACUCUUAUGUCCAUUAAUUUUGUUUUUUAAAGAAAACUGAACAAAAUUCUUAUGAUGGUUUGAGAAUGUACUUUUAACAAUUACUGAUACAUGACAUUUUCAUCAAAAUGUACACAUAGUCAUAUUUGUAAUUCUUUUACAUAAUCAUGUCAUUAUUUCAUAUACAUGUAGAAACAUUCCUAUAUUUUGUUACAUGCAGAUGAAGAAUAAAAUUCUGUUGAAAUGAAA